UCGGGCAGGGCUCGGGGAGCCGCAGCGUCGCGCCCGGACAGGCCGCCCCUGCGGGCGCCAGGAGGGAGCGCGGAAUCCGGAGCCUGCGGCGGCUGGGCCCCGCGAAGUGCCGCGCUCCCCCUCAUUCCUCGGCGCGGCGCGGAGGGCCUGGUCGUCGGCGCCGGGAUGACGGGUCCCGGCCCUGAGCACCUCUCCCCGCAGGGCGCCUGGAACGCGCGAUUUCUGAUCAGGAUUGUUAAAAUGAGUCUGCGGAAGCAAACCCCCAGUGACUUCUUAAAGCAAAUCAUCGGACGACCAGUCGUGGUAAAAUUAAAUUCUGGAGUAGAUUAUCGAGGGGUCCUGGCUUGCCUGGAUGGCUACAUGAAUAUAGCCUUGGAGCAGACAGAAGAAUAUGUAAAUGGACAACUGAAGAAUAAAUAUGGGGAUGCAUUUAUCCGAGGAAACAAUGUGUUGUACAUAAGUACGCAGAAGAGGAGGAUGUGAAGACGCCAAGUAGAAUACUUUUCAUUCAUACUUGGAUAUAUUUUUAAUGAAAUUUUUGGUUCUUUCAUGAUAUAAUCUGUCCUAUUUCAUAAUAGUUGGUGAUUUGUUCAUUGACAUGUGGAUAAGGUAUAUGUAUAAAAUUGUGGAUUUAAUUAUAAAGAGUUCUUUCAUAUUUAAGUUUUAGUCAUUUUGUUUUCCCUGUAUGUCAGUGUGCAGAACACAAAAAGAAUAAAAAAAAGAAAAAUCUGUUUCUCUUUA